AUGAGUACUGACGAUGUCCAUAUUCCAAUCCCGCAGUAUCCGCCGUUUGAGCUUCGGUCCUCGCUUAUAGACAAGGAUCCAGUGAUAUGGGUGCAUCUUCUUCAAGCAUAUAAUCAACUUUUACAGGUUCUAGUAGACCCUCCGGAACUGUUCAAGUUAUCUGUUCGGACCCAGCAACAGCUUCAGUAUUUUGUGAAAGUGUUCCUUUCCGAAACCUCACAGGAGGGCAGCAGGAUCUUCUCCUUGGGAGCCAUCAAUCCUGAUAUCAAAGCAAAUACAGCAUCUUUAAGAGCACUAGUUUUCCAGCUCGUGAAAUCAUACAGCAUAGUCAAGCUUAAUCUCACUGGCGAGGCGGUUUGGCACUUCAUUUGCAUCUACGCAGCAGGCAACGGUACCACUGUGAGGUCCCUUGUGGAUGGAACUUUCAAAUCCAAGCUUAACGACAACAAAAAGUCCGGUAAUAUAAGCUCUAUUCCACUGAUCCACACUCACCUUCAGACAAUUAUCACUUCUGGCAAGUUUAGCCAUCAUGAUCUUGAAGCGCUCUCGCACCUAUUGGGCCAGAGCAUAGCAGCUUCUAAAGCACAAGUCAUAAACAUCACUGGAGCAGGCCGAGGCGACCACAAGAAAGUCAAUGCAAAAUCCAACAGCACGCAAUUUGCUGAAAAAUUCGUCACUGGAGCAUGGAUAGAACUACUCGAGUCUCUUUAUGGCGGAGGCUCCAGUGUCCAUGCUACCACUAUCGAGCAUGUCAUGAUAAUAUCUAUGGUGUCUCUCUCUCCAGCAAAGCUCGCGAAACUCGUUACUGGAAUGGGUAUUAAUAGCCCCGAAGGUCUCAAAAUGUACCCAUUGUUCAGUGCAAUCUUGAUAUCUGAUUCUUUGCUGAGCUUGAGUCCUGGAAUCAGAGAAAAGUUGCCGUUCUUGGCUAAUUUGAAGUUUUCAAAUAAGGUCUCAUCACCGUCCUCACCAGCCAUAAAAGAAAGUGAUAUCGAUACUCUUCUCGAUCUUUUCCCUCAAAUGACCAGGGGCCAAGCAAAAACUAUUCUUUUCGAUAACGACCAAAAUGUCGAACGUGCAACGAACAUUCUACUCGAGCUGCCAGACAUAAUCAGCACCAUUAAAGAGUUCCAGGAGCUUAAUUUGGUUGACGAAACCAUCCAGCCUGUAGCUUCAAGUGUUGCUAGGUUCACGAACAGUGUCAAGGGAGACACCCUAGUCAAGAGAAAGGACCCUGUGGUAUCCACCGAAGAAUUGCAAAAAAAGACGCUAUCAGCUGCUAUACGACUUAUGUAUGAAAGCGAUGAGGAUGAACCAGACGAUACCUACGAUGACCAGGAGACCACUACAACCGGCUUCGAGAAAGACGUUAGGCAAGAAAGAGAUAAAGGACUCGAAACUCGACAAGCCAUUGAUGCCAAUAGUCGGUACCUUUUCCUGGCCUUUAAACUCAACAAUGAAGCCUUAACUCGUUCAGCUCGAAAAAGUGCUGAGAGACAGGCAAUGAGGAAAGCAACUGGUAUGACCGACGAGCAGAUCGAGGGUUGGUUUAGGUUGCUCCUAAAGUCACCUCGGAGAUUCAAGAUCCUCGAAGAAGACUACUUUUAUGGCGGAAACCCGAAUCGAAGAAAUGAUAAAAAGGAUGAAACAAAUGAUACAAAGAAAACAAAGACUACCAAUGAGACCAAGGAUCCCAAACCACAAAGUAAAGAGCAGAUCCAGCGGGCCCAAAAGCGAAACGAAGCAAAUAAAUCGUCGCGAGCAAACCAUAGUCGGAAGAGUCGCCACGACAAGAAGACCCAGGGUGCUCUUGCGGGAAUGCAGUAG